AUCUCAGCCGGGAAACAUAGCGGUUCAAUACCACCACUAACCUGGGAAGGUUAGAAUUGGCUACUUGGGGAAAUCAACAUGAAACAUUUCGGUCCGACGUUAACCUUUCAAUAUAUUACCGUCUGUAUACUUAUUGCUGUCAGCUCCGUUAAAGGUGAUUACUGUGAGGUGAACCACUGCCAUAAUGGAGGAACAUGUGUGACUGGGGUAGGAGACGAGCCUUUCAUCUGUAUCUGUGCAGAUGGCUUUGCUGGAGACACCUGCAACCUCACUGAGACUGGACCCUGCAAUCCAAGCCCCUGUAGGAACGAUGGCUCCUGUGAGGUCAUCUCUUCAUCCAGACGCGGAGAUGUGUUCAGCGAGUAUGUGUGUAAAUGUCAGCCUGGCUUUGAGGGUGCCCACUGCCAGAUCAAUGUAAAUGACUGUGCCAACCAGCCCUGCAGGAACGGAGGGAUGUGCCGAGAUCUGGAUGGAGACUAUGUCUGCCAGUGUCCUUCACCCUAUGUAGGAAAGCAAUGCCAGCUGCGUUGUAUCUCCCUCCUGGGUAUGGAGGGCGGGGGGAUUGUUGAGUCCCAGAUUUACGCCUCUUCUGUGCAUUACGGCAUUCUGGGUCUCCAGCGCUGGGGUGCUGAGCUGGCUCGCCUCAACAACCAGGGCCUGGUCAAUGCCUGGACAUCAGCCUCCCAUGACAGGAACCCAUGGAUUGAGAUCAACAUGCAGAAGAAGAUGCGUCUGACAGGCAUCAUCUCCCAGGGCGCCAGUCGCAUGGGCACCGCUGAGUUCAUCAAGGCCUUCAAGGUGGCGUCUAGCUUUGAUGGGAAGACCUACACUACCUUCAGAUCUGAGGGCCAAAGAAAGGACAAGGUGUUUAUGGGUAAUGUGGACAAUGACAGCACCAAGACCAACAUGUUUGACCCACCAAUUGUGGCCCAGUACAUCCGAAUCGUCCCUGUGGUGUGUCGCAAGGCUUGCACCCUGCGCUUGGAGCUGGUCGGCUGUGAACUCAAUGUGUACUCAAACACCACAGGUUGCACUGAGCCUCUGGGGAUGAAGUCCCAUCUCAUCUCAGACGGACAGCUCUCGUCAUCCAGUGCCUUCCGCACCUGGGGUAUCGAUGCCUUCACCUGGCACGCGCAGUUUGGCCGGCUGGACAAGCAAGGCAAGACCAACGCCUGGUCGGCUGCUACCAACAACCGCUCUGAGUGGUUACAGGUGGACCUGGAGAAACCCAAGCGCCUCACAGGCAUCAUCACGCAGGGAGCUAAGGACUUUGGGGUGGUGCAGUACGUGUCCAUUUUCAAAGUGGCCCACAGCAACGAUGGGCAGACCUGGAGCUUUGUGAAGGAUGAGAAAACAGACACAGACAUGCUUUUCCAAGGUAACAUUGACAACAACACUCAUAAGAAGAACUUGUUUGAGCCUCCUUUUUAUGCCCGCUAUGUACGAGUAGUUCCCUGGGAGUGGCACGAGCGAAUAACUCUUCGCAUGGAGCUGCUAGGCUGCGAUGACUAGAACUACAUUUCCUACAAAACACCAGGGCUCAAUCUACACCCACCAACACAAAGACCUGCUAGACUAUCAUGACUAGAACUACAUUUCCCAUAAAUCAUGAUCAAUUACAUACAUAAUAAGUGUAAUCUUGGGGGGGUGGGGGGGUUGGUGGAGGCACUGAACAGAUAUAUAAUGCAUAGAAUGUAAGUGUGUAAAUGGGUGCAACAGAGAACUGUUUUUGGUUUUACAUUCUCGUUUUUUACAUGCAACUGUACUCCGGAUGAAGCUUGAGUCUGUUAGAUGGUUGGUCAAAAUAAGCUUAUAUUUUGUAUCAAUGUGCUUUUUUUCUGUAGUGACCAUGCCAUGCAUUGUAGCUUUAGUAACUGGACAGAGCCUUCACAUUUAUUAUGCUUUGAGUUUAAUUUCUGCAGAUUUUAACAUUUGUUUUUCGGUAGGCAUAUUACCUAUUAGCUGGAAAUCUCAAUUGAUUACACAACCUCACGUUCAAUAGUGCAAGGUAACAGAGCAGUGUGUUUGAAAGGGACCUGUGCAAUGUACAUACUUAUUACAAUAAGCUCUUUAAUGUAACUUAAUAUCAUCCAUAAAGAUGGUUUUGUAGAGUAAACCCUGGAAGGCACAGUAUUGUAUAACAUUUAGCACAGAACUGUGAUAUUUACAUUUGAACAGAUUUCCUUGCGAUAAAUCUAAAUCUUUAGAUUAAUUCCAUUCCAGUAUGAUAAUUAGUGUGUUAUACUCCAUUGAGAUAUUGUGUCACAUUGUGACUCAACAUGUGGUUUUGCAUUAUUUUUUAAGAAAUAUGUUGGUCUUCAACAGAGGUCAUUAAAUAAAUUGAUUAAAUACUUAUGUGGAA